UUUCAUUUUUUAUCACAAAUAUAAUUUAUCGUUUAUCGCCAGGAAAUAUGUCACAAUCCUCUUCUUCAGCUCCCCCCAUUAAACGCUAUCGUCAUGAAGACGAUGACAAAUCAUCAGGAGCAGAAGACGAUGAUAAAUACGUUCCCUAUGUACCUGUCAAGGAACGCAAAAAACAGCAACUCGUGAAAAUGGGACGUAUCGUGCAGUUGACAUCAGAAGCAACACAACCAAAAUCUUCGAGUGAAAAUGAAAAUGAUGAAGAUUCGCAAAAUGCCACAGAUCCUGAAUUGUGGGGACGUAAAUACAAUAUCAGCUUGUUGGAUCAACAUACAGAACUGAAGAAAAUAGCAGAGGCCAAAAAAAUCAGUGAUGUUGAAAAACAACUAAAAGAAGAAGAAAAGAUUCUCGAAAGUGUUCAACAACAAAAGGCUCUCAUGGCCGUUUCAGAAUUGGCCAAAGGUAUACAAUAUGAAGAUCCUAUUAAGACAAGUUGGAAACCUCCGAGACACAUACAAGAUAUGUCGGAAUACAGACGUAACGCUAUACGUAAACGUUUGCGUAUAUUGGUGGAAGGAGAUGAUGUGGCUCCACCCAUACGAAGUUUUAAAGAAAUGAAAUUCCAUAAGGGCAUUUUGAAUGGUCUAGCCGCCAAGGGUAUUAAGCGACCAACACCUAUACAAAUUCAGGGUAUACCCACGGUAUUAUCAGGCAGAGAUUUAAUUGGCAUUGCGUUUACUGGUUCGGGUAAGACUUUGGUAUUUGUUUUACCUAUAAUUAUGUUUGCGCUGGAACAGGAGUAUCGUUUGCCUUUCGUACGAAAUGAAGGUCCAUAUGGUUUGAUUAUUUGUCCAUCUCGGGAGUUGGCUAAACAGACUUAUGACAUUGUAAUGCACUACAGUCGUCACAUAAAUCAAUGUGGUUUGCCGGAAAUACGUUCAUGCCUAGCAAUUGGAGGCGUUCCAGUUUCAGAAGCCUUAGAUGUCAUUGCCAAAGGUGUUCACAUAAUGGUUGCUACGCCGGGCCGUUUAAUGGACAUGUUGGAAAAGAAAAUCGUUACUCUCGAUAUCUGUCGUUAUCUUUGUAUGGAUGAAGCUGAUCGUAUGAUUGACAUGGGUUUCGAAGAAGACGUGCGUACAAUAUUUUCAUUUUUCAAAGGACAAAGACAGACGCUGCUCUUCUCAGCUACUAUGCCAAAGAAAAUUCAAAAUUUUGCUCGAUCAGCUCUGGUGAAACCGGUAACCAUAAAUGUUGGUCGAGCCGGUGCAGCAUCGAUGAAUGUGACACAAGAGGUGGAGUAUGUCAAACAAGAAGCUAAAGUUGUAUAUCUAUUGGAGUGUUUACAAAAGACAGCACCCCCCGUUUUAAUAUUUGCUGAAAAAAAACAAGAUGUUGACUGCAUACACGAGUAUCUAUUGCUUAAGGGUGUGGAAGCUGUUGCUAUACAUGGUGGCAAGGAUCAGGAGGAACGUUCGCGAGCCGUUGAAGCUUACAGAGAGUCUAAAAAAGAUGUCUUAGUUGCCACCGAUGUGGCCUCUAAAGGCUUGGAUUUUUCCAAUAUUCAACAUGUUAUAAAUUACGACAUGCCAGAAGAUAUUGAAAAUUAUGUACAUCGUAUUGGUCGUACUGGUCGUUCCAAUACCAAAGGUUUAGCUACUACAUUUGUUAAUAAAACUACAGAUCAAUCGGUUUUAUUAGAUCUGAAACAUUUGCUGAUUGAAGCUAAACAGAAAGUGCCAGAUUUCCUGUUGGAACUAUGUCCAGAAUCAGAAAUAUAUUUGGAUUUGGGAGAUUCACAUGGUUGCAGUUAUUGUGGUGGUCUUGGUCAUCGUAUUACCGAAUGUCCCAAAUUGGAAGCUAUUCAAAGCAAACAGGCAUCGAAUAUUGGACGCAGAGAUUAUCUGUCAAAUACAGCAGCAGAUUAUUAAGAACGUGUUGUUUUUUUUACGUAUGUAUGUUAGAAUAAGAAAUAAAACGAAUUGUAUGUGUACGUAAAAAUAUAUGUAUGUAUUUUAAAGCUUAAGAAAAACAUUAAAAUUUAAUUGAGAAUCCUUGUACAUUUUUAUGAAUUGUAAAUUUGAAAUACAAAAUGUUUGCGUACAAAAUCUGUAA